AUGAAUAUAGAAAUUACAAAAUACAUUUUCAAUAAAAGAUUGCUAAAUUAUAGAAAGGAUACCUAAACAAAAGAUAAGUAAUUCAUGAUUUAUAAAUCUGAAAAGUUUAAUUGUAAAGAAAUUGAUGUUGUAUAAUAAUAAUAGGAAAAGAAUCUGAAAAAAUCAGAUAGGAAUUAUAAGUAAUAUGAAGAAAAAGUCAAGAAAAUGAUUAAUUAAAGGAAAGUUAUGAAUGAAGAUAUGCAGAAAUUAAAACAGAAUUGUAAGAAGUAUCAGGAUUUAUCAAAAAUUAAUUACUAUUGA